GAGUAAUGACACACCAAAACACGGUGUAUGCUCCCUCCUACCCCUUGCUCGGAAUAAGUAGAAAGGAGGGAAGAAAAUCUCUCCUCGUCUCCGGUCCGUAGAAAAAUCGUCAUUCGAAUGGCGGAAGCUCCAUCAGGCCUUCGGAUUCUUCUCCACCAGCAUGUGAAAGAGCGAGCCCCCGUUCACAUUUCCUGCCAUGCCGAUCGAGACCGAGUCCUCGAAGUAUUUAAGAAUGCUCUGAUGCAAGAUGGGCCCCCUUCGAGUUUCGCUCUCCAGGCAGUCCAAGAUGCUAUCAAACCUCAGAGACAAACAGUGCUGGUCCUCGAGGAGAACCAAUCACUGGAAAAUGCUCUCCGGACGUUACUUCAGGAACUGGUGUCAUCUGCAGUUCAGUCUGGAGAACAGGUUAUGCAAUAUGGGAAAUCAAUUGAUGAUGCAGAAAAACUUCAGGGUCAAAUAUCACGACUUCUUGACAUUGUGCUGUAUCUUUGUGAAAGAGGCCAUGUUGAGGGUGGCAUGAUAUUCCAGCUGCUCGAGGAUUUAACAGAAAUGUCUACAAUGAGAGACUGCAAAGAAGUUUUCGGUUAUAUUGAGAGUAAACAAGAUAUUUUGGGGAAGCAAGAGCUGUUUGGGCGAGGAAAGCUUGUGAUGUUGAGGACAUGCAAUCAGCUUCUUCGUCGGCUAUCAAAGGCAAACGAUGUAGUGUUUUGUGGACGAAUUCUUAUGUUUCUUGCUCAUUUUUUCCCAUUAUCAGAGCGCUCAGCUGUGAAUAUAAAAGGAGUUUUCAACACAUCCAAUGAAACAAAGUAUGAAAAGGAUGCUCCUGAUGGAAUUUCUAUCGACUUCAACUUCUACAAGACCUUUUGGAGUUUACAGGAGCAUUUCUCUAACCCUCCUUCCACAACACUUGCUCCUGCCAAGUGGCAGAAAUUUGCAUCCAACUUAAUGGUUGUGCUGGAUACGUUUGAAGCUCAACCUUUGAGCGAGGAUGAUGGAAAUGCAAACAAUCUUGAGGAAGGAGAGGCAGAAGUUUUGAGCAUUAAGUAUCUGACAAGCAGUAAAUUAAUGGGGUUAGAGUUGAAGGAUCCAAGCUUUCGUCGCCAUAUUCUUGUUCAGUGCCUUAUAAUAUUUGAUUAUCUGAAGGCACCUGGGAAAAAUGACAAAGAUGGCCCUUUGGAAAGCAUGAAAGAAGAGAUUAGGUCUUGUGAAGAGCGUGUUAAGAAGCUUCUUCAGAUGAUUCCACCUAAAGGAAAGGAGUUCCUCUGUAGCAUUGAGCAUAUAUUGGAACGAGAGAAAAAUUGGGUUUGGUGGAAACGUGAUGGGUGUCCUGCAUUUGAAAAACAAGCCACAGAGAGAAAAACAGGUCAAGAUGGAGUAAAAAAGCGUAAGCCACGGUGGAGAUUGGGAAACAGGGAACUCUCUCAGUUGUGGAAGUGGGCAGAUCAGAAUCCUAAUGCUUUGACUGAUUCUCAACGUGUCCGCAACCCUUCUCUCAUGGAGUACUGGAAACCACUUGCUGAAGAUGUGAGCCCAAUGGAUGUUUCAGCUGGAAUAGAAGCUGAAUAUCACCACAAAAACAAUCGUGUUUAUUGCUGGAAAGGCCUCCGUUUUGCAUCUCGGCAAGACUUGGAAGGAUUUUCUCGAUUUACUGAUCAUGGUAUUGAAGGAGUCGUGCCGCCAGAACUUCUGCCACCAGAAGUCCGUUCCAAAUUUCAUGCUAGACCAGGCGAGAAGUCUAAACGAGCUAGAAAGGAUGGGGAAGCGAAAGGUGCUAUACCCAAUGCUGAAGAUAACCAGAGUGCAAUCGCUGCAGCUGAGAUUGAUGGAGGUGGAAAUGGUGCUGAACUAGAUGAUUCAGCCCCACCAAUGGAUGUUGACACUGCAGCUGUCAACAUCUCUCAAAGUAGGGACCCAACACCAGAGGAAAUUAAUAAGCAGAGCCCUGACAUUGACGUGGGUCCGGAGGCAGGGCAGUUAGAAGCAGAAGCUGAAGCAGAUGUGGAUGGAGAGACGGAUCCAGAGGCAGAGCCAGAUGCGACAAGUAGAGACGCGCAAGGUGGGGGCAGAGAAAGCCCCUAAUGGCUCACUCCUGUGAUGAAAAUGGGUCAAUAUGGGUCCAGAAAUAGCACAUGGGAAGGGAUGAUUUGUGGCUUCCAUAAUGCUGAAAUUGUUGUAUAUUGAGAAAAUCCUGUUAUUUAAUCUUGUUUUUAAUGCAGGGUCAGUCAAGUAGAUUGAAACUGGUAGAAGUUAAACAAGCGGAGCUUUAUCCCA